CGUACAACUCCGCUAUACCAAGGGGCAGCUUAUCACACAUCUACCUUGGAUUGAGGCAGUCGCCGACUGAACAAGCAUUGAGGGUGUCAACAAUCGCUAUUAUGGCUUCGAAAGUUGAAAGUUUGUGGCACGAGUCAUGACCGAUGCCGUCAUCUGCCGAAGACACGCCUAAAACUGCGGACCAAAAGCGGACCCAUAGAAUGCGACGAUACAAAGGAAGAGGCUCAACGCCUGAACUCUCUACAGCUGACUCAUUUGCGUCAAAGUCAAUAGUACGCAAUUUUGCCAAGAUUGAGCCAUCAUGGUCAGAAUCGCGGUAGCAGGUGGCACUGGAAACGUCGCAACUGUUUUUCUCAAAACUGCAAUCGCGUCCGGCAAUCACGACAUCACCAUCUUCACUCGCUCCGCCCCAACAAAACCUCACCCAUCUUCUAAGGUCACCUACAAGCAAGUAGACUACAAGGAUCGCGAUGCCCUCACUAGUGCUCUCGCGGGCUUCCAUACGGUCCUAUCUUUCUUCGUUGUCCACUUAGACGUAGACAACGUAGCCCAGAAGAACCUAAUCCAUGCAUCAAUUGCGGCAGGCGUCUCACGCUUUGCACCUAGCGAGUGGGGUAUCGCAAACUACAGCGGCGUCCCAAGUUACGAGAACAAAGACUUCAUCAGAAAGUAUCUCGAAGACCUUGACAGCAAAGGUGAACUGGGAUCCAUGCAAUACUGUCUCUUCCAGCCAUCCAUCUUCAUGGACUACUUUGCGCAUCCAUACCCGCUCGAACGCGAUCUCAUCACCUGGCCCUUCUUCCUCGACUUCGAAAACCGACGUGCUAUGGUUCUUGAUGACGGAAACCAACCCCUUGUCAUUACUGCCAUUCAAGACGAUGCUGAGAUCCUCGCUCGCGCCCUCGAUGACACGCGUCCGUGGCCCAAGGUCGGUGGUAUCACAGGCUAUCGCACUACCAUCAACGAACUGCUCGCUCUGGGCAAGAAGAUUAGGGGAGGAGACUGGAAGGUCGAGUACGUGAAGAGUGAGGAUAUUGCCAAGGGAGAGUUGAAGGCAAGCUGGCUGCCGCUAAUUAGUCAUCCCACGGUUGGAGAUGAUGUGAGAGAGGCGUUUAGCAAGCAGUUUGUCCUCAUGUUCUUUGAGGCGAUUAGCAGUGGUGGCUGGGUUGUUAGUGACGAGUUCAAUCAGCGGUUCCCAGACUACAAGUUCAUGGGCGCGGAGGAGUAUCUGACCAAAGCUUGGGAAGGUAAGCCGUAGGCUGAGCAUCUGCAAGAGUGGAGGAUGAGGAAUGUUUUUGUAUAAGAAUAUUUACAA